AUGGCUAGUUUAGUAACGAAGAACACAACUUUGUUAAUAAAAUUAAUAAAAAAUGUGACAAAUAAUAGUAAAAGACUGUCGUCGCAUUUUAUUUAUUACCCGGAUAAUGGAGUUCCAGUUGAAGGUGAAACUGCCAAAAUGAACAUGAUGCAGGCAAUCAACAAUGCUAUGGACAUCACACUCAAGAAUGACCCAACGGCUGUGCUAUUUGGUGAAGAUGUUGGCUUUGGUGGAGUGUUCCGGUGUUCACUAGGACUUCAGGAGAAAUAUGGCAAAGAUAGAGUGUUUAAUACACCGCUGUGUGAACAAGGCAUUGCUGGCUUCGGCAUUGGACUAGCUACAGCUGGUGCUACAGCCAUAGCUGAAAUACAGUUCGCAGACUACAUCUUCCCAGCUUUUGAUCAGAUAGUGAACGAGGCGGCGAAGGCGCGCUACCGCUCGGGCGGGCAGUUCGCGUGCGGCGCGCUCACCGUGCGCAGCCCCUGCAGCGCCGUGGGGCACGGCGCGCUCUACCACUCGCAGAGCCCCGAGGCCUUCUUCGCGCACGCGCCCGGCCUGCGGGUGGUGGUACCCCGCGGUCCUAUCACAGCGAAGGGUCUCCUCCUCUCGUGUAUCAGAGAGCCAGACCCUUGCAUAUUCCUCGAACCCAAGAUCUUGUACCGAUCUGCCAACGAAGAAGUACCUGUCGGAGACUAUACACUGCCUCUUGGGAAAGCACAGGUCUUAAGAGAAGGAGAUGCAGCGACCCUAAUCGCUUGGGGCACUCAGGUCCACGUGUUGCUGGAGGUCGCAGACAUGGCUAAAGAGAAACUGGGAGUCAUGUGUGACGUCAUCGACUUACAAUCCAUCUUGCCCUGGGAUGAGGAGACAGUUUGUAAUUCGGUGAAGAAGACAGGCCGUUGUGUGAUAUCUCACGAGGCGCCUCUCACGUCCGGCUUCGGGGCUGAGAUUGCAGCCACCGUGCAGGAGCAAUGUUUCCUGCACCUGGAGGCGCCGGUGUCCCGCGUGUGUGGCUGGGACGCGCCCUUCCCGCACGUGUUCGAGCCGCUCUACCUGCCCGACAAGUGGCGCUGCUACCAGGCACUCCUCGACACCCUGCACUACUAA